AUGGCGUACGAGUUUCCACAACGCAUACUUGAAGAAGGAAUUGAGACGCAAAUUGACAAGAUCAACAAUACGUGUAGACGUACAAUUCUGGAGGAAGUGAAGGUGUUCUCAACACUGAAGAACAAGCUCAUCUACUCAGGGAAGAUCAUUCAUAGCUUCAUAUGCAAGCAGCUCAAGGUUUCGAAGCUUCACGAGCUGUGGUUUCUAUUUGCUAAGAGGCCUCUUAGGUUCUCUGCGCAAGAAUUUCAUGCUGUGACAGGAUUGAAGUUCAAAGAUGAACCUGACAUAAACUUCAAUGAUUGGAAGGAUGAUAAGGGGUUCUGGAGCAAUGUGCUGAGGAAAAAUAGAAAGGUCAACUUAUCGAUGAUAAAGACGAAGCUUCUUAACGAAUGCAACAAGUGGACGUAUGUGGACAGGGUUAGGCUAGUGUAUCUGUGCGUCAUACAUGGAUUCCUCAUAGCUAAGGAUUCAAGAGUGUUUAUCCCACAUGAAUACAUCCGUUUGGUGAUGGAUUUUGAGAAGAUGAGGAUGUAUCCGUGGGGUCUUCACGCGUAUGACGAGCUGCUUGCAUCAAUACUCAAAGCAAGGAAAGAUUUACAUCUGAAGAACAGUUACGUGUUGGAUGGAUUCUCCUAUGCGUUUCAGAUAUGGGUUAUGGAGGCAAUCCCAGACAUUGGUAGUAUGGUGGGUAAGAAGAUCAAAAAGAACAUGACCAAAGGAGAAUUGUUCCCAUUUAUAUCUGCUACUGGGAACAAUGAUGUGGUUGAUAGCACUGAGUUCUAUAGGGAAGAUGAGAAGAUUGAUGAAAGAAUUGGUCGCAUUGUUACUCUUCUCAAUGCCAAACAAGAUUGGACAGAUUUCGUAUGGGAAGUCGAGGCUUUGCCUCCAACUUUAGAGCUUUCUGAUUCAGAGACUGAUGGAGAGAAUGUUGAAGUCGAAGAUGUCACAGAUACUCAUGUUGACGAACCGGCUGUUGUUGCAAGAAGGGGAAAGCGUAAGCUAAAUGAUCCUGGUGCAGAGGCUCGAAAGAAAGAACUGCUUUGUCAACGGGCAGCUGAACAUAACAGUGGUAUCUCCAGUGGAAUGAAGACUUUCAUUGAAGGUUUGUUCACCUCUGCUUUCAACUCUUUCAAGGACGUGGUGCAGAAUGACAUCCAAGAGCGUUUUGAGAAGGUCCAGAAAGAGAUGGCUGAGCUCAAGCAAGCGGUGUCACAGAUUCCGGGUCCUUCUGCUACAAUGGGAAAAGACAGAGCAUCUGAGAUUCCAUGUCCUUCAGCAACGAUGGGGAAAUCAUCACAGAGUCCGUGUCUUGCAGGAACAAAGGAAAAAGGCAAAGGCAAGGUUGAUGAGAGUGUGGUUCCUCCUACGGUUCGUCGUAGCCCUCGGCAAGGAAGAAAGGAGAUUGAAACUGAAACUGAUGAUAUGAUGGAUUUUUUGAAGAAUUUGUCACAAUCAUCUACCCAUGGGGAACCUUCAUCAAUAAAAGAAGAAAUGAGCACCCAAGAGUAUUUACAAGACGCCAUGGGGAACCUUUCUCAAGUAUCACAUGUUAAAGGUUUCGAUCCCUCACAAAAAACGAGUGAUGAAGAAGCACCUAAGUGGGUUACUCCAGUAUCAUCCUUCAAGCCUGUAGAUUGGAGAACACCCACUCUCAAAGAUAUGGAAUUACCUGACGACCGGGUGAACGACGAUGAUUACUCAUUAGUGUUUGUCCAUGAGGAUUCAUGGGCUAAACUGAUUCAUUGGUGCUCAACUACCAAACAGCACCUUAAAAUUGGACCUUCUAUGUACACAACUGAGUUAGCAGAACGUGUUAUGGGACCUGCAGUGUGGCUGCAAAAUCAAGAAAUUGAUGCUGUGCUCUUCUUAUUUCGCGAGAGGACUUCUUUGAGACGAUGGAAGCCGUCCAAAGUAGCUUUCAUGAGCUGCAUAUUCAGUAAUCAAAUGAAGAAUUCUUACACUGAGUUCAAGAAAGACAAAAAAAAAUUCAGGGUAGAAGGACUGCUCCAUCAGUACGGAAUUGGUGAACUUCUUUCACACGGCCGAACAAGACUAAUGUGGGAUCUUGAUGUCAAUCGUAUGUAUGUGCCUCUUCUUGUGCACGGUAACCACUGGAUCUCUAUGUGUGUCAACUUUGUUACUCGUUCCAUAGAAGUUUUUGACUGUGCGGGACUGAAACACAACAAGGACUUGGAGCCAUUUGCACAUCUCAUCCCAAGAAUUGUCAAAGCUGUGCAGUCUUCAGAGAAGAGGGGAUUUACCGUUAAGCCCUAUGAUGUCACUUACGCUCCAAUGCCCUGCUUCCUAAACAAGACUAGCAGCGAUUGUGGAGUAUAUGCGUUGAAGCACAUUGAAGCACAUCUUCUAGGCAUGGACUUAACGUUGGUGAAUGACGACAACAUUCGUGAAGCUCGCCAGAAGAUUGCUUAUGACCUAUGGGAAGCUGCUAAUGAUCCUGAGCUUAUUUCGAGAAUGGGAAAGUACGUUCCUCCGAAGGCUAUAGCUUCUCCUACGGUUGAGAUUUUAUAA